CCACCCCCGGGCCGCUGAGGCAGGUUGCGAAGCUGCGGCACCUGGCUGCGCCAGUCUGACUGUGACCCGUAGCUCCCGCGCGACAGUCCAGAGAAUUAUACAGAUAUCUGAAGAGAACUGAAAAAUGGCAACAAAUCAAAGUGUCAGCAUCCUUAGUUCAGUAUCCUUAGCUGUGGAGUAUGUCAAUUCACUUCUUCCUGAGAAUCCUCUGCAAGAACCAUUUAAAAAUGCUUGGAAUUACAUGUUGAGUAAUUAUACAAAGUUCCAGAUUGCAACCUGGGGAUCCCUUAUUGUUCAUGAGUUCAUUUAUUUCUUGUUCUGUUUACCUGGAUUUUUGUUUCAAUUUAUUCCUUACAUGAAAAAGUACAAAAUUCAAAAGGAUAAAUCAGAAACAUUGGAAGACCAAUGGAAAUGUUUUAAAGUGCUUCUCUUUAAUCACUUUUGUAUCCAACUGCCCUUGAUUUGUGGAACCUAUUAUUUUACAGAGUAUUUCAGUAUUCCUUACGACUGGGAAACAAUGCCAAGAUGGUAUAAGCUUCUGGCCAGAUGCUUUGCCUGCGCAGUGAUUGAGGACACCUGGCACUAUUUCCUGCAUAGGCUCUUACACCACAAAAGAAUAUAUAAAUAUAUUCAUAAAGUUCAUCAUGAUUUUCAGGCUCCAUUUGGAAUGGAAGCUGAAUAUGCACAUCCUCUGGAAACCAUAAUUCUUGGAACUGGAUUUUUCAUUGGAAUCUUGCUUUUGUGUGAUCAUGUAAUUCUUCUUUGGGCAUGGGUAACCGUUCGUUUGAUGGAAACUAUUGAUGUCCAUAGUGGUUAUGAUAUUCCUCUCAACCCUUUAAAUCUCAUCCCUUUCUAUGCUGGUUCUCGGCAUCAUGAUUUUCACCACAUGAACUUCAUCGGAAACUAUGCUUCGACAUUUACAUGGUGGGACAGACUUUUUGGAACAGACUCUCAGUAUAUUGCCUACACUGAAAAGAAGAAGAAAUUUGAGAAAAAGACUGAAUAAACAUUUUACAUAGACCUUCCUGAAGAUACAUAUUUUCCUGAAUUGAAACUAUUAGCUAACAUUGCUUCUGAGGAGCAGAAAUAAGCAUGUGUUUUGGCUGCUAAGAUACAAAGAUACAAAGAACAUUAACACCUUUAAUUAUCUUUCUAGUGGGAACUUUUUGUACUUUACAUACAAGUUCUAUAUAUGUAGAAAAAGUCAUUAAAGUGCAAUUUUUUUUAGGAAAUUGUAAAGGCCAUGUUGCUAAUCUUAUAAAAAGGUUUUAGGUACUGGGAGAAGUAUUAAUUUAUCUCUUUUUUGCUGUAAUACCGUAGGCCUGAAGUUGGAAUUGGUCUGUAAAUCUUUUAGAUAUAUAGUGCCCAUUUCAGAGAAAUCUUAGUAGUGGUGCUAUUGUCCUCAUAUUGAACUUUAAGCAUUUUUUUAGAAUUUGCCUAAUGAUCAAAUAUCAUGGGUUGGACCCAUACAUGUUGAAAAAGUGAAUGACUGAAGCUGCUGAAUCAGGAAUAUCCACCCCUGAGAACUUCCACUCUUGGGAGCUGACAAAUUUGGGGUGAUUCUCCCUUUUUUUGAGGGGUCCAUAUUGAUUGUAAUGUACUACUGGCAUCAAUAAAUUAAAGCAUUUAUGUAUGGGUGUAAUUAGUCUAAAGGUUUCCAAAGUUACUUGAAUUUUUUUAAAUUGAGCCUUAUUUCUGUUAUUUACACUUUCAUUUUUGUAUGUCGAGUUCUCUUUAUACUGUAUGUUGAAACUUUUUGAACUGAUUUGCUGUAUUUGCACUUUGAGCAGUUGAGAUAAAUGUGACUUUUGUCUGAUUAUGUGGUUUCCAUUUCUGAACAUCAUCUGUCACCUUUUAUUCUUACAAAAAAAUGUGCAGAAAUCAUUUAAUAAUUACAUUUUAUAAUUAA